AUGUCGGAGUUGAUGAAUUGCACCCGAUGUGAGAUCUGUGCAGCUGCUGCCAACAUCUAUUCUUCAUUGUCGUUCGUACACCUUUCUUUACUGUUUCGACUUAUUUUUGAACCUAUCGCCGUUCUUGGCGUCGCCCUACUCACUAUUGCUGUCUAUCAAACCAGAGCGUUACACUUCAACGCCAGGGUCCUGCUUAUCUGCAUGACCUCGUCAGUACUUCUGUGUAACACUGGUAAGUCGGGCAUGUUCGCGUACGGGUCAGGAGGAGCCAUCGCGGUCGCCGAGGAUAAACUAGUUGCACAAAUUCUUUUAAUGCAUGCUUCUAUUUUCUACAAUAAUUACUUAAUUCAAUUACUGCCAUGUAAUUUGACGUGGAUGUACACAUUUAAAUAUGCUGACUCACCUGAAUGA